AUGCAACCCCCCACACAAAACUCUCGUAUGGGGACUUUACCUCUUGGUCGAGCUGGGCUAAAACGACUUGAGGGACUUCUCAAUGUGGAAGCGAUGAUCAUAUGUAAGAAUGAGAUGCCUACUAUCAAGUACUUAAAUUUGAAGGGUGCACAAGUCAAUCGGGAUGGUCUUGUCACGUUGUUGCGCGGAUGCAAAGAUCUGGUGAUGUUGGACGCCAGAGAUUGUUAUGGAUUCGAUGAGAAUGACGAUGAAAUAUCAAAGCUUGAGUCUCAUAUUAGUAAAUUUAUGUGCAAAGGUUCUGAAUUUCCUGAAUUUCUUUGUGGAAUGGACAAUUUUGUUCUUCCUGUUGAUGAAUACUCAUUUCAUCUGCAUGUGGAGGAGACGUGGGAUGAAAUGCUCAAUUAUUUGAGCAAUGCGUUCAAUGAUUUGGGCGACGAGGAAUGA